AUGGAUUGUUUAACAAAUAAUGUAAAUAAUACAUUAUUAUUAUUAAAUAAUGAAAAUUCAUUAACAUCAACAUUAUUACCAUAUCGUUCAUACAAAGAACGUCCAGAAACAUAUAUUGUUCCAGUGAUAUUUUUUAUAAUAUUUGUUGUUGGUGUGUUAGGGAAUGGAACAUUGGUGAUUGUAUUUAUUAGGAAUCGUGCUAUGCGGAAUGCACCAAAUACAUAUAUAUUAUGCCUAGCACUAGGUGAUCUAUUAGUGAUAUUAACAAGUGUACCAUUUACAUCGACCGUUUACACUGUAGACACAUGGCCAUUUGGUUUAUUAGUAUGUAAAAUGAGUGAAAGUGCAAAAGAUAUUUCAAUCGGUGUAUCAGUAUUUACAUUAACGGCCCUAUCAGCAGAUCGAUUUUUUGCGAUUGUGGAUCCACUAAAACGUUUGCAUACAUCGGGUGUUUUAGGUGGUACAAGAUGUGCAAAGCGUGUUCCAAUUAUUGUAUCAAUAAUAAUAUGGUCCUUGUCAAUAGUAUUUGCAUUGCCUGGCGCAUUUGGCUCAUUUUUAAAACAAAUCGAGUAUCCAACGAAAAUUAUUGAGGUAUGUUAUCCGUUUCCUGAUGAAUGGGGUCCAAAUUAUCCAAAAAUUGUUGUUCUUUUACGUUUUCUAAUAUAUUAUGCAAUACCAUUAACAAUAAUUGGUAUAUUUUAUGCAUUAAUUGCCCGCCAUUUAAUAUUAAGUGUACAUAAUGUUCCUGGUGAAAUGCAGGGAGCCCAUAGACAGGUUCGAGCCCGAAGAAAAGUUGCUGUAACUGUAUUAGCUUUUGUUGUUGUAUUUGCAAUAUGUUUUUUACCAUAUCAUAUAUUUAUGUUAUGGUUCUAUUUUCAUCCAAAUUCCAGUAACGAUUACAAUGCAUUCUGGCAUUAUUUACGAAUUAUUGGAUUCUGUUUGAAUUUUUUGAAUUCAUGUGCAAAUCCUGUUGCGUUGUAUUGUGUCAGUGGUGCGUUUCGUAAACAUUUUAACAGAUAUUUACUAUGUCGUAACCGGCAAAAUGUACGCUCACGUUCGACAACAAACACAUAUCGACGUGCCAAUUCAAUGUCACUGACCAUGUCACGUAUAAACAACCAACAAUCUAUACAUGCAGGCAUCUGUGGUGCUGGCGGUGGUGCUGGAGGUGGUGGUGUAGGAAUGGGUGGUGUAGGUAUUGGCUAUGGUAGGAAAUCACCCUUACAACAAGAUCAACAACAACAACAAUGUAUAAUGAUGACAACUACAACAACAAACGGGGGUGCAGGAUGUACAAAUGGUGAUGGUAAAACGUCAUUAAAAUGUAGUAAUAGUCAUCAUAGUCAUUUACAUCAUCAUCAUAGUCAUCAUCAUCACAGUCACCAUGGUCAUCGUCAUCAUCGGCAUCAUUGUUGUGCAAAUGAGAAUGGUACCGGAAAUACAAUGACUACAGCGAUACAGGAAAUGUCUGUACAGUUACAAUAAAUUGUAAAAAAAAAAAAAUAUAUUAAAUUAUGAAAACUUUUUCAA